AUGGAGGAUGAAGAUAAUGGUAAUAAUAACGCUUCACCAGCAGAAAACAACGAAGAUAGUAGUAGUCGUCACUCGUCGAUUCAUCCAGCACUAGCUCUCAAUACAUCAAACCCUUUAACACAACAUCAUUCCAUUCUCAAGGAUAAUCGAAGAAGAGGUCGAUCCACAGAUACGGCUAACAAUAGUGCCGCAUCACCGGGCACUUCACCACAACACAGAGUCUCGUUCGAUAACACUUUCACCUCUGGUUUACCGUCGUCAGCAACAAUUCGAAGUACAUCGAACAGACUGGCUGCCAUCACUGACUUGGACAUUCAAAAAGCCUUGCAAUCGGUGUUGAAACAGCGCAGAACAUCUCUACCGGUCAACUCAAAUGCGUUGCUCAGCAACAGAUCCGCUGUUUGUUUCAUUUUCAUUUAUUAUUCAUCCCAUGUUCAUGUUCAGAUUCAAAGCAAUAUCUCUGAAGCUCGGGGUUUGGUUGUUGAUAUGUUAGCAAAUCGAGACCUUCCACCCGCAGUCAAAUCAUGUCUUCGUGUUGUUGCCACAUUACUUAAUCCUCAACCGCCAGCUGUGAGCAUCCCAUCAUCCGAAAUCGUUUUGCCGUUGGUGGUCGAGAAUCCUCUGUCGGGUGAACAACUAGUGGUUUCAACAGUAAGUUUUUUCGAAGAAUAUCCUAAUAAAACUGUGCCAUCGACAAGUCAUCAUGACGAUUUGACCAUAUAUACGAGCCUCUUUAAAAAACGUUUUGCUCGUGUGUUCGGUUAUGAGACGAAGUAUGCAAGACGUUGUCUGCAGACUUGUCUUGAUACAAAUAGUGAUCGAUCUCAGGCAUCUAAACCACGCGUAUCGAAUAUCACUUUCUCGACAGUAACAAGUGCUACUGGACUACCGACGAUAGCUGCUGAACCGUCAAGGCCUCGAUCGAGUAGUUAUUGGAAACCACCUGAACGUGAACGUGAUGAAGCAGCAGCGAGUGGUGCAUUGCAGAGUCCACCCGCAUCACCCUCUUCCAGCAGUCAAACAUCAACCUCUCAUCAAGCACAUACUUAUAAUGGUUUGUAUUCAUUUGUUAAACACCUCACAUCAGUGGCACACUUGAGAUGGCAAAGCAUCGUGCCCGUUUGUAAUUUCAGGUCAGAUAGUGAAAUAAGUGACGAUUUGGUACAAACAGUGGAUGGUAUUCAAUAUAAUACGAAGGAGUUGCAGUCGGAUAGAUUAUUAAGUCGAAUAUCUGAAUGGGCAUUCCCGAUCUUUGACUUGGCUCACUCUCAUCCACAGACUACGCUUAGUAGGUUAGCAUAUGCAAUAUUCAAGGAAGCAAAUUUGUUUCGUAUAUUCAAACUGUCCACAUCGAAAUUCUUCAAUUUCUUUCACGCUCUCGAGCGUGGAUAUUGGGAUAUUCCUUCCGACGUACUUCACGGAUGUUUCUAUCUUACCGUUCAUCCAGUCAAAGCUUCCUUCUCAACACCCGAUUCACCGUGUACCACCGCUUCGAUACCUAUCGCUCACAGUAUGAGCACUUUAGAGGUGAUGGCCCUAUAUACAGCAGCAGCGAUGCACGAUUAUGAUCAUCCCGGUCGAACAAAUGCUUUUUUGGUAGCGGCCGAAGAUAAAAAGGCAAUAUUGUAUAACGAUCGCUCUGUGCUUGAGAAUCAUCAUGCUGCUGAGUCGUGGCGUUUGUUGUGUAGAUCUGAGAAUUGCUUCAUUGAUACUCUGGACGCGGCUGAAACGAAACGAUUUAGAUACUUGGUAUUGGAGUAUAUACUAGCAACUGAUCUCAAGCAACACUUCGACAUAAUAAUGCAGUUUAACGAGAAAUCAGCUGAUAUGGAUCUGAAUAAUGAAGCGGAUCGUGUGCUCAUUUCGGAGAUGAUUAUAAAAUUCGCUGAUAUCAAUAGUCCUUCAAAGCCAUAUCGCUUGCACAAACAGUGGACGAAACGAAUUUGUGAUGAGUUCUAUGAGCAGGGCGAUGAGGAGAAGCGACGUGGAAUGGCGGUGUCUCCGUACAUGGAUCGGAACGAUCCUUCAGUAGCGAAACUGCAAGAUUCGUUCAUAGCACACAUCGUGAGUCCACUGGCAGUGGCGUUGAAUGAAGUCGGUCUGUUGCCCGUAUUGCCUGGAUUAGAGGAAGCCGAGCUAAUAAUCAACCUGAAACACAACCAUCAGAAGUGGUUAUCUGCUAUCGAAGCACAGAACAAUGAUAGCGAUACAAACACCGAUAAAACAUCCAAUCAACUCAAAAUGAUGAACAAUUCUAUUAAUAGUUCCAAUUCCUUCGCAAAUGCUUGCAACCAGUCUGAUGUUAUUGAAGAAGAGGUGCGUCUUUCAGAGAGCAUUUUACAGCAUUUGUAA